GUCGUCGAUUCCCUACUUGAAAGCAACUAAAUUAUAACUGUUUUUUACUUCUCUACCCCCCUCAUACACACACACUCACUCAAAACUCACAACUAUGAACUCCUUCUCCGUGUUCGUGGUGUUGACUUUGGCCGUUUUGGCUGUGGCAGAGCCACCGUCGGGAUACAACUAUCCACGUGGAGGUGGUGGCGGCGGCGGUGGUAGCUUUGGUGGUGGCAGCAGCUUUGGCGGUGGCAGCAGUUUCGGUGGUGGUGGCGGCGGUGGCUAUCAAGCCGUCAGCGGAGGUUUCCAAACCAGCGAAGGCCAAAAUGUUGAUCCCCAGCUGUUAGAGCAAGUCCGUCAGAUCUUGUUGCAGGAAGAAAGCAAAUCUGGUGGUGGUGGAGGUAGCGGCGGUGGUGGUGGCGGCUAUCCCAGUGGUCCUUCGGGCUCCUAUGGACCUCCCUCCAGCCAAUACGGUGCUCCAAGCGGUGGCGGCGGUGGUGGUGGCCGUGUUGUGGGUAUUGACUUGGAGGGUGUACGUCAAGCCAUCCAAGUGGCUCAAUUCGCCCAGCAGAGUACACAAGCUGGCGGCGGCGGCGGUGGUGGCGGUUAUCCCAGCGGUCCAUCGGGAUCUUAUAGUGCUCCCUCAAGACCCAGUGGCAGUUAUGGUGCCCCAUUCUAG